AUGACCCAUUCAUUCUUGACCGCAUAUCGCCUCUCAACAUUUGAACAUCCAGAAUGGGAUCGAGUACUUUGCUUAGAGCACCUUGAUGUUCCGACCUUUCUGGAUCAGACUGGGAUCAAAUUUGGCCAGGUGAAAUCAGCCACGAAUUUGAUUGUUAAUGCCGGAGAAUUUGAUCCCUUCAGUAUUAUGUCCAGCAAGAUUCAGCUGAUCAAAAAGUCGUGGGAGGUCAAACAUGGAUCCCUGAAAGGCGCAAUUCCGCAGUUCUCUCCUGACGAGCUUUUCGAUUUUCCAAUCGGAUUUUCUGAUGGGGACUGGUUAGGGAACUUGCUUGAGUCGUGUAACGAGCACUCUCAGUGGAUCACGUAG